AUGGCAGAUGUGUUGAAGUGUCUCAAUCUACUGGAGACCCUGAAAGAGUCUUUUGAGAAGAACAACAUUGCAAACAUUAAAGAUACUGUUGAAGAUCUGUUGAUAAGUCGUAUCAAUAUUGCAAUCACUGGGGACAGAGGGCCAGAGAAAGCAGCUUUUAUUAACUCCCUCAGAGGGCUGAAUGUUGGUGAUGAAGGAGCAGCUGUCUGUCCAUCCAGAGCAGCCCCAGAAGAACUGGCUGUUUUCCCUAAUCCCAAUCAUCCAGAUUUCCGUCUGUGGGAUUUGCCAAUGAUCUCCAGUGAUGACUCUUUUGAUCCUAAGAACUAUAUUGAGCGUUAUAAAAUCCCAAGGUAUAACAUUGUGAUCAUGACCUUUACUCAAAAUCCAAGUCCAAACACUGUGGAUGUCUGGAGCGAGGCACGUUCACUACAGAAAGAAGCCAUGUACUUUGUUUUAUUGGCAUCUGAGAAUGACACUGAGAAAAAUCUGGAGGCCAAAAGACAAGCUAGUCUGGAGGCACUGAAAGCUGAAGGAGUGGCUUUGCCAAAAGUCUUCCUUGUACAUCCUUCUGCUUUGGAAAAGCUAGACUUCAUAAAGCUCUUAGAGGUAAUGUUGUGUGACCUUCCAGAAGUAAGGGCCUAUGCCCUUUUGCUGGCUUUGCCUAUCUUCUCCACUACCAUAGUGGCCCAGAAAAAGGAUGCAUUCAAGGCUAUAGGGUGGGCUGCAGCCUCACUUUCUGGUGGGGUUUCUGCUAUUCCUGUACCCAUGCUAGCAUCCAUGGUGGAUGCCAGUGUUGCUGAACGGAUCUUAACAAAGGCCCAAAUGUCUCUUUGUCUGGACAAUGAGUCUGUGGAAAGGCUUGCACGGCAGCGAGGCAUUGACCCUGCCAAGCUCAAGGCAAUGCGAACGUGCAUCCUGUCAGAGGAGGUCAGCAAAAGUGAAGUGAAGAAGCGGCUUGCAGCAGCAGAGAAGGACACCACCACAACCACUAAGAGGCUGGUAGAACUGGCCAUGCCACGGCAGGUCAGAGCUGUGAGUCACUCCUUUACUGUCAUGCUGAAAACCAUCAACUCUGCCAUUGAUGACAUGAGUACUGAUUCUGAGAAGAUUAUACUUUUAGCAAUAGGGGAGUCCCAGUAACUUGCAUAUUAUAAUUUUAAUGCAUUUGAUGAAAGAAGCAGACAGGUUUCAGACACUGAAGACUGACUUGCUUUUCUUGCAUGCUGGCUGCAGUCAGAAUUGAAAUUAAACCCACCUUUUUUUCAUAGUUUCCUGCCCAACUGGGUGGGUUUUACAGGAAACUACCCCCAUGUUAUUUGCAGCCUGAUAUAAUUAUACAGUACACAUUUAAUUUUCACUCUCUCAUUCUUUUAGAAAUUGAUGCAUGUGGGAAUACAUGUGAAUAAAUUAUAUGCAUUGUAUGUACUUUGUAUUAAAGUGCUCUACAAUUGUUUUCUCAUAUCUAAA